GGGAGUCGUAAAAGCCAUGGCUGAUAAGAAGCUAAAUGAAAAAAGGAUAAUAUUUGUUAACUCAGUGUCUGAAGACACACUUAAUAACUUGCUGGAUGAUGUCUUAAGUGAAAAGGUGCUGAACCAAGAAGAGAUCGAAAUAAUAAAAAAGGGAAAUGUUACAACUAUAGCCAAGGCUCGUGACUUGAUUGACUUUGUGACUCGCAAAGGACCCCUUGCCAGCAAAUUAUUUAUUGACUAUAUUUGCAAGAGAAAUUCCACGCUUGCGUACAAGUUGGGAUUUUCUUCAGAAACUCUUGUUAGAAGAACAGUGUCAGCACCCAAAGAACCUAUAGAAGAACUCAAACUUUGCCCUCGUGAAAAAUUCCUGGAACUAUGCAAAACUGAGGUUGGAGAGAUUUAUCCAAUAAGAGAGAAAGGGGACCGCACUCGUCUGGCCCUCAUCAUCUGUAACACACAGUUUAACCACCUCCCAAGACGUAAUGGGUCCAACCAUGACAUCAGUGGAAUGAAGCAGCUGCUUGAGGACCUGGGCUACUGUGUGCAUGUGAAAGAGAAUCUCACAGCCAGGGACAUGGAGUUAGUGCUAAAGACAUUUGCCUCCUGCGAAGAGCACAGGUCUUCAGACAGCACAUUCCUGGUGUUCAUGUCUCAUGGCCUCCUGGAUAGAAUCUGUGGGACUCUGCAUAGUGAUGAAAAAUCAGACGUGCUAUCUUACGACACCAUAUUCCAGAUUUUCAACAACCGAAACUGCUGCCAUCUUAAGGAUAAACCCAAGAUCAUCAUCAUCCAGGCCUGCAGAGGUGGAAACAGUGGAGAGGCGUGGGUCAGUGACUCUCCAAUGGUCUCAGCAGACAGCUCUGCACAGUCCCCAGAUGACCUGAUGGAUGAUGGUGUUCACAAGACCCAUGUCGAGAAGGAUUUUGUUGCUUUCUGCUCUUCAACCCCACAUAAUGUUUCUCGGAGAAAUAAAAGUGGUUCUCUCUUCAUCACACAACUCAUAAGUUACAUCAAGAAAUAUUCCUGGUGUCAUCACCUGACAGAAAUAUUUAGGAUGGUUCAAAGAUCAUUUGAAGAACCAAAUGUUAAAGCCCAGAUGCCCACACUUGAAAGACUAACUAUGACCAGAAAUUUUUACCUCUUUCCAGGCAAUUAA